AUGGGCCUGGACGAUGAUCUGGUUUACCACGCUGACAUUUUAAUUUUUGGUAUCAUCCUCAUCUUCACCCUUGCCAGUCUCCCUCGAGCCUAUGCUCGUUUCAGCCGCAGGUCGGAAUGGUCCCAAGGCCACUUCCUUCGUUCAAUAGUGCCUGUUCCCUUUACCAAGCCAAGGAUCAACAACCGUUCCCCUUCAUACCCCGUCGACCCCAAGUCCUUUGUGGAUUUUGACCGCGGGAACUCUUCGACUACCUGCGCUCCAUUAACGUCUCGACACCAUAUCGGUCCAGCUCAUGUCGUUGAUGAGAAAGCUCUGCCAAAAAUUUCAAACAGUGACCCUACCGUUGUAUCGUCUAUCUGGCACCCCGUGGCGUCUGUGUUGCAGUAUCGCGUUCACGACAACUACUCCAUUAACCAAGUUCUCCUGAUAUUGGCGUACAUCAGUAUUAUAUUCUACGUGUCUUUCUACAGGUCAGACCCAUUCACGGACCCUCACCGAGCUGGUUUUGUCAUCGCUUCUCAAAUCCCUUUCGUAUAUGCAUUAGCCACCAAGAACAACAUCAUUGGCAUGAUGGUGGGCGUUGGAUACGAAAAGUUGAACUUUCUUCACCGCUUGGUCGGUAAGCUGAUGAUCAUCGGUGCAAAUGUCCACUUCAUCGGAUAUGUCUAUAAAUGGAGCCUCGCUGGUGACAUCUAUAAUAAGCUCGCCGAGGACUUCGUUCGCUGGGGCAUUGUCGCAUUGGUAUGUUUGGACCUCCUGGGAUUCUGCUCGACCGAAUACGUUCGAUCAAAAUCAUACAACCUCUUCAUCACAUCACAUGUUGUGAGCCUUAUCAUCUUCUUAUUCGCUGCAUGCUACCACGAGCCUACCUGCGUUCCCUACGUGAUUGCUGCAUGCGUAUUCUAUAUACUGGAUCACGUCGUUCGCGCCAUCAAGACCCGCAUCACCACUGCUAAGCUCCGUCCUCUCCCAGAGCUCGGAAUCACCCGAGUUGAGGUGCCUUCGAUUAAUGCAGGCUGGCGUGCAGGGCAACACGUCCGCCUACGUGUACUGUCUUCAUCAAUGGGAUGGUGGGGAUGGUCUGAGGUGCACCCUUUCACCAUCGCAAAUGUGGCAGAAACGUCGGAAGGAAUGGUUCUUAUGUGCAAGAAGACUGGCCAGUGGACAGGCAGUCUCUACAGUAUGGCUCAAACAGCUUCUUAUGGUGAAACCGGCAAGGAAGUCGGCCGCGAUGUUAGAGUGAUGGUGGAGGGCCCCUAUGGUGGCGUGGGACACACUGUGAUGUCGAGCUAUUCUGGUGCGAUGUUUGUUGUUGGCGGGAGCGGCAUCUCUUUUGCGUUGUCGGCAGUGCCGGAUCUGAUCCAGGCAGCCACGGACGUGAAAGUUAUUGAUAUCGUCUGGUCCGUCAAGACCCAUGUGCCAUCCCUCAUCCCUCUACUCCCCCUCUUCACGAACCUCGUACAACAAAGCCCACUUGUUCGAGUCAACGUGCACAUAUACUACACCCGCGCAGUUAGCACGACGUUCAAUGUGACGUACCUCCCGCAAGGCGUCACCAUCCUGCCCGGCCGUCCAAAACUCGAGAAGCUGCUCGAUGCAGCGAUCACGAAUACGAUAUCAGCUGGGGGAGUUGACGGCAUGUUUGUAGGCGUCUGUGGCCCUCUAUCGCUGGCGAAUACCAUGGCGCAUGUGGUGCAAAACUCCAACUUCCGUUUGACCACGGCUGUGGGUGGAGUUAAGCUCCAUGAGGAAAGCUUUGGCUGGUAG